AGAAUAGCAAGAACUGGAGACUUUUAUUCAACGCUUGUCGCCAACUGCUUCUUCAACGUUUUCUUGCUUUUCACAGCCUUGGUUUUAAACAUCAUAACGAUACAAGCCCUAAGAAAAAUAUCAUCGUUUCCAAAGCCUUUAAAAACAUUGCUCCUGAGUCUCGCUGUUUCUGAUCUUGGUGUUGGUUUGCUUGUCCAUCCUCUCUAUAUUGUGCAUCUCGUAAUGACCAUAGAACAGGACAGUAACAAUAGAAUUUUUAUUAUGGUAUACAAAGCAUACCUUAGUUCUGGUCGUUUACUGUGUACUGCUUCAUUCCUGAGCAUUACUGCUUUAACUGUCGACAGAUUCUUAGCUAUUCAUCUUCAUCUCAGAUACCAGGAACUUGUGACUCACAGGCGUGUUGUUACUGUAGUAAUUUCAGUCUGGGUGAUGUGUUCAUGUUUUUCCUUAUUUGUGUUGAACAGGGCUUUAGAAAACGUUGUGGCCAUUAUAACUACAACUAUUGGGGGAGUUUGUCUCACUACGACGGGAUUAAUUUACUGCAAGAUAUACUCCAUUGUAUGUCACCACACAAAUCAGAUGCACGCCCUGCAAUUGCAACCCGUAGGACAGAAUCAGAAUGGAGAAUUGGCAAAUGCUGCAAGACUGAAAAAAACUGCACUUGCUACAUUUUACGUGUAUGUGGUGUUUGUGGUUUGUUUUUUGCCCUUCAUAUGCGUUCUAGCAGCUUAUCGAAUUUAUGGUAAGUCCGAGUUGCGGUUGCAUCUGCUUUAUUAUUCGUGGACACUUAUGUAUCUUAAUUCAUCUCUCAAUCCUUUGGUCUACUGCUGGAAGAUGCGAAACAUUCGACAAGCUGUGAUCAGUGUACUUUGCAAUAUCUUUCAAGGUCAGUAAAGCUCCAUUCGAACCGUUUCGCCGAUGAGACUAUUAAAUACCCUUUGUGCCCCACAAAAAAAUGGAAAUUUCAUAUUACUAACAUGAAUUUCAACUAACAGAUGAAUAAUGAAUAAUGAUUUAGAGGUAGCACAUUCAUGAGUGGUUCUUCGUCAACCAUUCCUAGUCGAGUUGGAAUUUAGAAAUGAGUACUCCGAGAAAAACCUCUCGGGGCAAAGGAAAGAACAACGUCAAACUCAAACCACAUUUGGCGUCGACGGCCGGAUUUGAACCUGGGCCACACUAGUGGCAGGCGAGUGCUCUCACCACUGCUUCACCCUGGCUACCUAGUCGUAUUAGUCGCUGAAUGAUCGAUCUAGUGCGGUUCACAAACACCCGUCAGAACAUUUCCGGGGCUCUUGUUCGAUCCUGGUCUUAGCAAUCAUGACGCCCACGCACCAACAAAAACUGGUAUAGUUAGAAGAUUUUCAGUCCUCUGGUUGACAUUAACCAGCACAGAUCAAAUCAUAAAGCGACCUGAACAAAGCUAAAAGCAACAAGAAUAAACGGCAUUGGCGGGUACAUCUUCAGUUAAGAAACUGCUUGAACUGUGACAUUAAGGCUUUCGAGCAACUUCUGAGCAACUUUCAUUACAAAAAGCAACUUUUGAUUGUUUUUUGAGCAACGUUUUGAGAAAUUACGGGAAACGUUUUUGAAAAUCUCGAGCAACUUGUGGAAAGCCCUAUGUAUAUCUGCCCAGCCUGAAGUGAGCUAAGCGUGAUUAUUCAUCGAAUUGCUAUGUAGUAAUGGCGGGCUGAUAUUUAAUGCCUUAGUUAACUUUAGUUUCAUAAACUUGGGAGAUAAGACGGUUAACACACAAAAGCACUGGUAACUUGGUACUAAAUAUAUAGGCAUCAUACACAUCCGCAAAAAGGCGGGGAAAUUGCAAAGGGUCCUCAGGCUGAAAAGUAUGAAGGGAGGGGUAACAGCGAGUUCAAACUGAUAAAGGAUCAUAAUAACCUACUAUGCGUAACAGAACAACAGCGUUAACAACAAAGAAAUAAAUAAAAAAUUAAGGAAAAUCGCAAACCAGCUGCCAUUUCUACUUUGAUAUCACGUCAAUAGUUUCGAAUAACUUACUUCCAUUUGACUGACGAACUUUAUCCAACUGGUAAAACUAGCCAACAAAACGAAAAAAUCUGCACUAGCCACUAUAGCCAAAUGUUGAUGCUAAUGACAGUUUGAUGAAUGGUACAUCAUGAUGUUAAACCUUUUUACAGA